AUGACGGAAUCAAAGAAUGCUGACAAACUUGAAACAUCUGCCGAAAUUCCCGCUGCUAAAUGGGACAUAACUUCCUUUUCCCCGACUAAAAAAAGGUUCCUCUUCCUUGCCAUGUGCCUCUUCCACCUCCUAACCUUCGUCUCGUUCCAUAUGCCCUACUCUUACCUCCCGCUCUACAAUGAGAGCAGAGAGAUCUCAACCUUCUGGACCGGACUGAUACUUGGAUCAACUUCUUCAGGAAUGGCGGUGUCGUGUGGAGUGAUCGCUCCUGUCGUCAUGUCCAAGUUUUCAACCAGAAUUGUCCUUUCGGGGGGCUUAGCUGGCCUUGGUAUCUCCCUAUUACUCUUUAGCGUGCUGGAUUCCAUCGAGAAUUUGGUGAUUUACCAGAUUCUGUCUUUGAUAUUCCGAUUUUCAGCCGGAGCAUUUGGUGGUACUCUCAACGUCACCAUAUUUGCCGCUUACUUAGCCAUCUACCCCGAGUAUGUUGGCACUGUCACAGCAAUUGGGGAGGCCUUUAUUAACGGAGCAUGUGCUUUAGGGCCCUUUUUGGGGGGAGUCCUGUACGAUGCAGGCGGUUUCACAGCAGCUUCUGUCUUUCCAGGUGCACUAAUAUUUGUAAGUGCUAUCCCGGCUUUCUUCCUUUCUAGUCUUAACAGCAAGAAGAGACGAGCUGGUGAAGAAGAAUCAAGCUGGACCAGUAUCUUGGAUCCUCUGGUUCUAUUCCCACUGUGGCAUCUUGCAUCUGCUCUCAUCCUCGUCAGCUAUCCCAUGCCUCUUCUUUCUCCCUACGCGGAAGAAUUCUUCAACGCGGACGUCGUCUGGUCUGGGACCGCUCUUCUUGCCACUACGGGGGGUAUCUGCAUUUUCUCACCAAUCAUCGGGCUGGCGAUAGACAGGUACGGUCCUUGUAAGAUGUUGAUGGCCUCCUGUGUGAGUUUACCCUUGGUGUACGCCUUUGUGGGUCCUCUCCCGCUACUCUCCUUCAUCACUCCCUCCAAAACUCAAGUCAUCCUCUCACUUGCAUUGCUAGGAUUAGCUGUUCCAAUGGCGUGCGUCUCCGCUCUACCAGUCAUGUUCAAGGUUUACCAAGCGAGGAAUGGAGGCAAGCUGCCCAUCAUCGUCAUCAACUCACUGGUUUCCUUGUACUGUGCUGCAUUUCCUAUUGGUAUCUUCAUCGGCACCACAACAUCCGGACUGAUCGCACCAUUCGCAUCUUUUGGCUGGUCUACAGGCAUUCUGGGAUUGAUUUACAUCGCAGAAUCAAUGCUAUGUAUUGCUUUUUGUAUCAAGGUCAUGUCAUCGACGAAAACAAAGACGAAGGUAGCAGAGAAUGGUGACUAUGCACAAGUGGACAGCCCUGAUGAAAAUCUCAAAAUAUAUUAA